UAUAUUAUUGACUAUAUAUUCAAUCAUAUCAUAGGCUUAUCAAGUGAUGUAGUCUUCAAUCACUUCAAUCACUUCAACCAUUUAAUCGUAAAACCAAUUGUUUGAAACUAAAUAUCGUAUUUAAAUACAUCCGAUCAAAGAUGAAUGAGAACUUUAAUCAAUUAUUAUCUAAAAAUGCAAGAAAUAUUGACAAAUUCAUUGCUUACGGAACGGCAGGUUUUCGUGAUAAAGCUAUUGAAUUACAACAUAUUAUGUUUCGAAUGGGAAUAUUAGCUACACUUAGAGCACGAGUAGUUAAAGCAACAAUUGGUGUUAUGAUAACUGCAUCGCAUAAUCCUGAAGAAGACAAUGGCUUGAAAUUAAUUGAUCCAAAGGGGGAAAUGUUAGACCCAUCCUGGGAGUCGAUCUGCACUUAUUUGGCAAAUAUUAAUGACAAAGAAUUAUUGGAUUCAAUUAAUAAGUUAAUUGAAGAUAAAAGUAUAGAUAUGUCAGUAGUGGCCCAUGUUUUGAUCGGAAGAGAUACCCGUUCUAGUAGUGAAAGGUUACACAAAGCAGUCAUCGAUGGCAUACAAGCAGGUGAUGGCAGAGUCAAUGAUUUUGGUUUGGUUACGACACCACAAGUCCAUUACGCGGUGUUGUGUUUUAACACUAAUGAAGAAUAUGGUGAACCCACAGAAGUUGGAUAUUAUAAAAAGUUGUCCAACGCUUUCAUUAAAUUGAACGGAGAAAAUGGGUCACAAAUUGUGGCCAAUAAUUACAUUCCAUCGGUAGUUAUUGACGGCGCCAAUGGUAUCGGUGCCAUCAAAAUAAAACAAAUGAAACAAUUUUUAGGCAAUUCAUUAAAUAUAGAAGUUAUUAACGAUGGAAAUGGUGUACUGAACGCCUUCUGUGGAGCAGACUUUGUCAAAGUUCAACAAAGAGCUCCAAAAGAUUUGCAACUUGAGGUCGGAAAGAGGUAUUUAGCAUUUGAUGGCGACGCCGACAGAAUCAUCUAUUUUUAUAAGAAUCAAAUCGAUGGUUACUUUCAUAUGUUAGACGGCGACAAAAUAGCAGUUUUAAUUGCUUCUUAUCUAAAAGAUUUAUUAUCUUCCGUUCAAAUAUCAGACAUCGAUUUAUGCAUCGUUCAGACGGCUUAUGCCAACGGAAGUUCAACUAAUUAUAUUGAAAACAUACUUAAGUUACCCGUCCAUUGUGUGCCAACAGGUGUCAAACAUCUCCAUCACAGAGCAUUACAGGCAGAUAUUGGUGUAUACUUUGAGGCCAAUGGUCACGGAACUGUCACUUUCUCUAAUAAAACUGUUAAUCGCAUCAAACUUUGUUCACACGAGACAUCUCUAAAACUCUUAAAUUUUAUCGAUUUAGUUAAUCAGACUGUCGGCGAUGCCAUCAGUGAUAUGUUAGUUAUUGAAUCCAUUUUGCGAAGUAAAGGACAAUCGAUACAAGAUUGGGAUAUGUUGUACACUGAUUUGCCGAAUCGUAAUAUUAAAGUCACUGUCAAAGAUAGAAAUGUCAUCACCACUGGUGAUGCCGAACGCAAAGUGUUGACACCAAUUGGAUUACAAGACAAAAUCGAUGCCAUUGUAGCUAAAUAUGGUCCAAAUUCGCGAUCAUUUGUGAGACCAUCCGGUACUGAAGAUGCCGUCCGAAUAUAUGCUGAAUCGACAACUCAAGACAACACCGAUUCUUUGGCUAAAGAAGUGGCAAAAGUUGUUUAUGAUAUGGCUUAUGGUGUCGGAGGUCUUUGAUUUUAUAUUAAAUGCGUUGAAACAACU